AUGGCCGCCGCAGCACGCACAUAUCUGGCCUUCCAGCACAACGCCAAACUCCACACCCUCAAGACGCUCGUCACCGCGAUCCGCCCCUUCGCCGACCUCGAAGAAGCCAACCGCCAACUCUUCAAAGAUGGCAGCGACCAGGACCACGUCGUCGUGACGAAGGAGACCAUCUUCCACCCGCAGGGCGGCGGCCAGCCCUCCGACGUCGGCUCCAUAACCACCCCCUUCGGCGCGUCCUUCUCGGUGAACUCGGUGCGCAUGGACGUCGUCCGCGACGGCCAGGUCUUGCACUUCGGCCGCUUCAAGGAGUCGAGCGCGGGGUUCAAGGAGGGCGACGAGGUGGAGCAGGCCAUCGACGCCGAGAAGCGGCUGCUGUACUCGCGGUAUCACACGGCGGGCCACGUCCUCGGCGCCGCGGUGCGGCAUCUGCUCGAGAAGGAGGUGGAGGGCUUCGACGAGCUCAAGGCGUCGCACUUCCCGGACUCGGCCAACUGCGAGUUUCAGGGGUUGAUUGACGGGAAGCACAAGCAGUCGAUCCAGCAAAAGGUCAACGAGUUCCUAGAUGCCAAGAUGGAUGUCAAGGUCGAUUUCUGGGACGAGGAGGACUUUCGCAAGCGUGGGCUGGAGAGGCUGAUUCCCGACAGGAGUCUGGCGCCGCCGGGAGAGAAGUUCAGGGUUGUUGAGAUUGUGGGCGCGGAGGUGUAUCCGUGUGGCGGGACGCACGUUGAUACGACGGAUUUGUGUGGCGAGACGACUGUGAGGAAGAUUUCGAGGAGUAAGGGCAAGUCGAAGGUCAGCUACGCGGUCGCUGCGAAUGCCCCGUAG